UAUUUCCUGAGUGCGUUUGGCGUUUCUGUAAUAAAUUUGAUUUUGUUUUCAUCACCUCUUUGCCUGCGACUUUGGGAAAGCUGGAGGGCUAAAUGGCUGUCAGACAUUUAUCACGUAAAGCCUUUGGCUUGAGAACCGUUUCACUAAUUCCAGGUGACGGAGUAGGCCCGGAGUUGUCGUCUGCGGUAAAAGAUGUCUUUCAGCACAUGAACGUCCCUGUAGAAUUCGACGAGCAGAAUAUUACAGGUAGCAAUGACUCUUAUGAAGCUGCUAAGACGUCUCUCCGAACUCAUCGGGUAGGUCUUAAAGGAAUUAUCAGCACAUCGGCAUCCCUCGCAGAGCCCAGAUCUCUCAAUGUGCAACUGAGAAAGGAUCUCGGUUUGUUCGCAAAUUUGGUGAGAUGUCGUACAAUGCAAGGUGUGAAAACUCGCCACAAGGAUGUUGAUAUGGUGAUCAUUCGUGAAAAUACUGAAGGCGAAUACAGUGGUCUGGAGCAUGAGAGUGUACCAGGUGUUGUGGAGAGCUUGAAGGUGGUAACUGCCGAAGGAGCCCAUCGCAUUGCCAAGUUUGCCUUUGAGACGGCAUCUCGCCUAAACCGGCGCAAAGUGACGACUGUUCACAAGGCCAAUAUCAUGAAACUUGCCGACGGUUUCUUCCUGCAGAGUUGCCGGGAUGUUGCCAAGGAUUACCCACUGAUAGAGUUUGAGGACAUGAUCGUGGACAAUUGCUGCAUGCAGUUGGCGAGUCGUCCACAGCAGUUCGACGUGCUGGUAAUGGGAAAUCUUUACGGCAAUAUCAUCAGUAACCUGGGCGCUGGUCUUGUUGGCGGUGCAGGUGUUAUUCCUGGAGUCAACAUGGGUGAGGAUAUUGUCCUGUUUGAGCCUGGUGCACGCCAUCGCGGACAUGAGCUAGCUGGCAAGAACACGGCCAAUCCCGCUGGCAUGUUGCUGACGUCUGCAAGCAUGCUACGACACCUGCGCCUGGAUGAGUACGCCGAGCAGAUUGAGAACGUAGUCAAUGGCCUACUCAUGGAGUCUCAGUUUCACACACCCGACCUAGGAGGUAAUUCUGGAACAUCGGACUUUGUGGAUGCAUUGAAGACCCGACUGUAGACUGCCGGCAGCCUGUUGUCAGAAUCAGCAGUUACUGCGAACGCCGCUGUCACUACUGAAAACAACUCAGGCUUACUUUGCGACAGUGCUGCAUGUGGCCGUGUCGUCAGUGCAUUUUGGUCUUUCCUCACAUGCGCAGGAACUGAUUGGCUUGACAAUGUCUUCGAGCUAGAUAUGGGGUUGCUGCCUUGACAUUAUUGCUGGCCGAGUGGUACAGGAAUAUGACAGCUCGUAUGUCCACAGCAGUGCAGUCUUGUUGCUGGACUGAGUUGCUCUUUUCUAGACAGACAAUGGCAUGACCACUUUCAAUCAGCAUUAUAUGAAAUCCAGUAUCUCUUUGGGUAAAUUUGGUUCUUGGAGGCUUAUCAAAUUCUGCAGUUAUUUAUUUCCUGGAGUAAUGAUACGAUUGCAUAUCUAGUAUUUAUUUCUGAGCCAUACUUUAGAAUUAUAACCAUCUUCAUGUGAUUUCAAGUUGGGCUGUACUACAGUUGUAUUCGUACAGUGACAUCAGUGCUUACGGAUUUUUAUUUAUUUUGCUUGCACAUGAAGAUUGUAGAUUUUCCCUUCUGCCGUUUUUGGCUCUCCUUUUCAUCAUCUGCUCUGCUCUGAGGAACAGGAUAUUGCUGCCCUGCGGCACACUCUGGCCACCGCCUGACUCUCUUUCAUCUCUCUUCCAUCUGGACGGAUUCAUUAAUUCUGGACCAGUUCUGUCUUUGC